UCAGCAUGAAUGUCGUUAGCAGUGAAAUUGAAUUUGUCAAGACCUAAAAGUUCUACAACAAGAAUUACCAGAAAACUCGGGGGAUUACCAGGAGACUUGGGAAGUUACCAGGAGACCUAGCAGUUCCCAGGGGAUUUGACCUAAUUUUAGGGACUAGACCAUGCAGGGAAAGCUUUCACUAACCCAUACUUAUUUCAUAAUUGAUAAUUGGUUGUUCUUCACUCUUCUUUCUUUGGCUCUUCGUUUAGGACUAUCCAGUUACUAUGAAUUGGUUAGAUACGAGUAUUAAUUGUUGUACGGUGUACAUUUGCUUGAGCUUUAUCUACCUACCUGAUUGUGUUUCUCUUGACGCCAAAUCGGCGUGAUCCUAGAAACCAAUAGUGAGGUCAGCUAGGCAUUGCUGGAUGUGUCCAAAAAUCUUUGCAUCUCGGAAUCUCCAUCGCCCCCGUUAAUGGCAUUGAUUAUCUACGCUUUUGUAGUAGGCCGGGAUGUAUAGAAGUUACUGUUGUGUUUCACAUGCACAAAUUUCGCGUGUAAUUGUCCUCUCGCCAAUCCUCUGACAUUCUCUAGGAAAGGGGAGACGGGCUCAGUUUGUAGUAAACACAAAAGCUUGCAGAGGUGAUCGAAGAAAGCUUGCAGAGUGAAAACAAAAUACGAGUAGAUCGCAUUGCAUGUGAUGCUUGCCUGGCAUUGCGGCUCUACCUCAAACGUAACUAAAAUGUUAGAUUAAAAUUGAUUGAUUACAAGUAGAGCGUAAUGCUACACAAAGCCACCUUUGUAUUUCCUGAUUGCAAGCUACUUUGAGUAUACAUACAGAGAGUACUGUAUACUUGCCAAAUUCCAAAUUCUAGCGUGCGCUAGGGUUGCAAACAACACGUUACUGAGAGAUGAAAUUAUACAGGCAGCUGGCUCAUUGCUGGGAAAUUAGAUAAAUGGUGGUGAGCAGCACCAGCAAAAUUAGAUAUGUCAGGAGCAAAUUUAACUGAGUAAAAUCUACUCAAUCAAUACGUUUCGGUCCGCAGACCUCUAUCCACUGAAAUGACUAUGUACACUGAGAGCUUCUACAUGCAUCGUAAACAGAACACUUGAUUACAAUGACAACUAUGUAUAACAGCAAUACUUGUUACCACAUUUUCAGUGAAUAGCAUGGCGAUUGUGUAUAGCUAAAAACGACGCGCAAGGGUUGAAAAAAGGUGCUAAUUCUAGAUAAACAGAGUUGUAUGUAUUGUAGCCGCCCAGCCAAGCUGUUUGUUUACUUUCUUAAGUGCAACCGUGGCUGAUUGGUUCGUGUCAUCCAUACGCUUUUAAGAAACCUCGCUUUAAACACGGCACACCACGUCGACCUCAUUCUCUCCUCUAGACAGCGACCACUGAGCUCAGCAGCGCCGGAAGUCAUCUUGGAAUAUACCCGUACGAAUAAGUCCGAGCAAAGUACGGCGUAUACGUUUGCUUUACCUCCUAAAGCCAAACAGGUGGUGAUACCAAAGGAAUAACAUUGCGCAGGAACAGAGCACAAUGGAGGGAGACGAGAGAGAUCCUCGGAGAGACUACAGAGACUCGGGUCGAAACGGUCCUCCAACAAGCGGAGGUCGACACCAGCACUUCUUUAGGUCUCCAGAAACGAUGGAGUUGCCUCCUGUGAUGAGAUCGAGGAGUUGCGACGACAUCUUGAAUGACACAGCUCGCAAUGAGCAGCCAGACCUUCAGCGUCCAAGAAAUCGAGAUGGCUGGCAAAGGUAUGGAGUCCCAGUACUUCCUGUUCGUUGUCAGCGCGGACAACGAGGUCUGAUAAGAGACGCCGUUCGACUCGAUAGUUCAAGUACUUCAGGCAUCGAUUCCGCUUCCAGUAGCGAAAGAAGAUGCAAGAAAAUUGAAAUUAACCCUCACACCGUGCAAGUCCACACAUCGGUGAUGCUCUGGUUGGCGUUUACUGACGCAUCGGGACUUCCUUCUCGAAAUACGGAAGUGGCCGUUGGCUUCUACAGCUCUCGAGAUCGAUUUCGCAAGACGUUUGUCAGAGGGACUUGGGGGCCGAAUUCGCUGACAGUGCAAGUCAAGAAUCCGGUUUGGACGGAGCCAGACAAUGUUAUAGUGGAAGUCCGCACUGCCAUUGAACCUGAUGGUAGGGUACUGGGCGUCGGACAUCUUCAGUUCGUUCUCCCGCCUCUAGCAACUCCUCACUUGAUAUCACUGCUGGGAGACCCAUCAACUGGAUCAAUAACUGAGAUGCUAAUGAACUUAUUUCAAAAUGCAACAGAGAGAUCAGCAGAAACAAGUGAACGUCAAAGGUGUAGCAAUAUCCCAAGUAGAAAUGUGUCCACAGCCUAUAUCAUUUGUAAACCAGACGACUAUGAAGUCAAAGAAGCGUAUGCUUCCCUGCUUGAACAACUUGAACAGUCGAGUAUGUCAAGAGAGAGAGUUGACAAAUUGGAUCAGUCAACUAAGACAACACCAGACGAGAAAGCAGUGUGGCCAUCAAAAGGCACUACAACGUCCAAUAGUCAAGAUACCAAUGGGCUCUAUGAAGUGGUAUCAGUUGUUCCUUCCCAUAAAAGCAGAGCUGUACCUCCAGUCCCAGCCAUCAGUUUACCAGACGACACAGGUUUAACGGUGCCACGAUCUAUCAAUUUUAACCCUGAAGUACUGACUGUUCUACUGCAGCAGGUUGAAAGCAAUGAAAUAACAGCAAUGAAAGCAAUUGAAGAAAUGAGAACCAUUGUUUAUCAUGAUCCUACAAAAAUAAUGGUGCAGAAAACAUCAAUUUCCCAGAAUAAUCGAAGAUCUGCCAGAGAAAAUACUGAGCAGCAGAGGCAUGAAGAUUUACCAGAGAACAGAUCCCGCACUCCUAGUGACGUGUCAAAUUACAAUCUUGACAAACGUGCACCUCCAAACGUAAAGAAAAAGAAAGAGAGGCCACACAGCAGUGACCGGAGUACAUGUGGUCCAAAGACUUCAAUUGAUAUUCAAAACAAUGAUCAGAGUUCCUUGCAUUUGUCAGAAGACAGUGAAACACAAUUGACCGAUGCUCAAACAUAUUCAGAUCCAGAAAAACAUCCAGUUAUUCAAUCUACACAAUCUGACAGUGGAGUAGACACAAAGCAAGAAGAAACAGAGCAAGUACACGAAAUAGAUACAGUUUGAGACAAAACCCCAGAUCAUGUUAAUUAAGUAAGUAAGUUACAACCCAUCAGAUUUCAUCCUUGUUCAUAUAUUCAGCAAGCCUAUCAAUGCUGUAUGUAUUAAUCUACUAUUGAAGAGUUAGCUGAUCAAAUAGACUGCCACUGGUGGCAUACAGUACAUUGCAC